GCCUCGUGCAUUGCGCACCCGCCUCCAUUCUGUGGGAGCUAACUAGGCGGUUUCGUCCCGCAGUACUUCAUCUAAAUAAUCCGGCGAGGUUUCUUGGACGCCGACCAGCGGGAACUCCUGCUUUUCCGUCGAGCGAUACUCUUGCGACGCCUCCUGCCAAUCAAGAUGCAACGGCCUCAGUCCGACGCCACGACUUCGCACCAGGAUGCAAAGACGACUGGCCACGGAUUUCGCCACGUUGCUCAACAAGACGACGGCUGCGGCCGCGUUCAGGCAUCAGCGACGGUGUCCGCACACGGCGACCCUCGGUUUCAACCUUCUCGUGGGUGGACGAAACGCGGCAUGCAUCCCGGGGUCUUCCCUUCUGGCGGCCGCCACGUGUCGGCGUUCCAUUUGCCCGGAGACGCUUGCCCGCGCGUCUAUAACGGAACAGCAGACAGCGGAAAGCACCACCAAGGAGUCAACCCAAGAAAUUCUGGUCGCGGAUCUGCUGGUGCAAUCUCGGCGUGGCUUCUCACUCCAGCUUCAGCAACCAAGGCGACGGUUCACAGGAGGCGGAACGAGCUCGCAGCCGGUACAGCGUGUCAUCCCGGGCGAUCUCCACACCAGCGCCGCGUUGUCGAAUCCUCCGCCCACCGUCUGACCAUCGCACGGGCACCGCGCAGUCCUAGCCCCUGUUCCAGCGGUGGGGCUUGGCGCAAGGGCGACGCGUCUCGCUUCGAGUGCACCCACCGCUUUUGCGUGGCUGGCUCCGUGCGUGGAUUCGAGAACCCCGCCGUCAUCGCCUUCGACGCGCUGCCCUGUCCCACGUCGAGCACCACGAGACCUUCAACAUACGUGCGGGCAGUUGCAGUUCCGCGAGGGCGAGCACUCCGCCGCCAUUCGGACUGUGGCGGAGCAGUUUCCGAAUAUACUUUUCAAGCAGUACAAGGACGUCCGGGCUGUUCGUUCGGAUGUUAUAGGCUUCCAUGAAAUCGGCUCUGCAAUCGCCGAGCUGGAAUCCUGGCUGCCCUCGGGCAGUUUUUCCGAUGACGCGCCUCCAGAGAAUUCGACGGAUGCCGCAGCGCUCCGUUGAAGCGGACAUUUCUGAUUUCUUUUUUUCGUAGGGGUCUGCGGUAACUCGUACGGCGCUUUUACCUAAUUACGGCGAGACCUUCCAUUUUUUCUAUGUUGUAAAAAUAUAUUGUCACCUAUGCGA